UGCUCUCAUUGGUUCUCAGACUCUACGCCCCGCCUCCUCUCGCACGGUCCAAUCGAGGCGCGAGUUGUGUUUUAAACCGCGGUGUGCGGUGUCGUUGGUGGAGCAGUCUUGGAGUAUUCCAGGAUGGCUACUCUGAUCUUUGUUGAUAAGGAUAAUGAAGAACCAGGCAGUCGCUUGGCAUCCAAGGAUGGGUUGAAGCUGGUGUCUGGUGUUAAAGCCUCAGAUGGGAAAUUGCAGGUCUCAGCGCCACAAGUUGGCAAAGUGUUCAAUGCUCCAGCCUUGCCUAAAGCCAGCAGAAAGGCUUUGGGAACUGUCAACAGGGUUACAGAAAAUCCAGCAAAGAUCAAUAGACCCCUCAAACAGAAACAGCCAACUUUGACUGUGAAAAAGACCACUGAGAAGGCUGCUAAGACACAACAAAGCUCUGCUCCUGCUUCUGAUGAUGCCUACCCAGAAAUAGAAAAGUUCUUCCCCUUCAAUCCUCUAGAUUUUGAGAGUUUUGACCUGCCAGAGGAGCACCAGAUUGCACAUCUCCCCUUGAGUGGAGUGCCUCUUAUGAUCCUGAAUGAGGAGAGUGGGCUUGAGAAGCUGCUGCACCUGGACCCCCCUUCUCCUCUGAAGACGCCCUUUCUACCAUGGGAAUCCAAUCCCUUGCAAUCUCCUUCCAGCAUUCUCUCAACCCUGGAUGUUGAAUUGCCACCUGUUUGCUAUGAUGACGAUAUUUAAACUACUUACUCUUUAUAUCUUACGUAUGUUGUAUUAAUUAAUAAAGCAUUUGUGUGUGUGU